AUGGAAUCUAAAAUGUUGACCUCUCACGAUGCCAGAGACACUGCCGAUAAAAUGAUUAGUACCAUCAAGAUGAUCUCUGAUUCACUUGCCAAGGAUUCCCAAACCAUACAACUUCAAACCGUCAACCAACAUCAUCAGAUUGAUUCAGAUGAUGAAUAUUAUCCAAGUGAUGAAAGUGAUGAUGAUAUGAAGACUUCAACAACUUCUACCGCCUCUACCACCUCUAACAAUAAUAAUAAUAAUAAUGAAGCACUAAUGUUAUUACUCCAACAACAAGUGCAACUUUUAAUGCAACAACAAAUAAUGGGUUCUCCAUCAGUAUUGGCACUUGAACAACAAAUCUUACAACUCCAACUUCAAAUUCAAAAUCAAAGUGUUCCAAAACAACAUGUACAACAACAACAACGACAACAACAAACACCUGGUGGCAAACCUCUUGCACCUGGCGGCGUUCACAUGGGUCCAUGUAAGAUGUGUAGCAAAGAUUGGACCAUGACACCAAAAGACCAAAAAUUCUAUGAUGAUAAAAAUAUACCCCUCACAAAGACCUGCGUCGAAUGUCGCCAAAACAAGAAGAAGGGUAUUCUUACUGCCACACCAGCUCCACCAGUUUUUACCACAGCGACUCCACUACCUCCAGUUGUUGCAGUCCCUCCCAAAAAACCCUAUACCAAGAAAACAGGAGCAUCCCCUAAAAAAAAGGUCAACAGCCAGCCUGUAAUUGAAUCUUCUUCUUUAUUGCCACCUCACAUCACCAAGUGUAAAGUAUGUAGUAAUGACUUUGCUUUACCAGAAGCAGAGAAAUCCUUUUUCGAAUCAAAUGGGAUUCCUUUACGAAAAACCUGUGAAGCUUGUAGAAUAGCAAAGAAAUUAAAAAAGAAUUCUUUAUUACAAUAA